UGGAAACCUGAGAGCACCAGGAUACUGGCAGUUGCAAGAGUGAUGGAGGACCGGUGGGAGGACAGGUAAAAGGGAGAGGCACUCGGAGAAAAAAGGAAAUGUUAAGUUGACGUGCAGGGAAGAGAAAAAGAUUGUCUCUUUUAUUCCAAAGACACUAUUUAUUGAUAACACUUGGAAGCAUUUGAACAACUAAGCUUUUUUUUUUUUUUUUGUCACAAAAAACAAAAAUGAGUUUAUCACCAAAGAAGUAGCCUGGUAAUGUAACUAUUGUAAUAAGCUAAAAACUGGUGUCAUCUGGCAGAAUAAAUAAGACUCAUCAUGUCCUUCGGAGCCCAUCCCCGAAAGGCCAACAAAAAGAAUUUGCCACUGGAAACUCUAAUGCCACAAGUUCCACGUAGCAAUUACUUGCAGUUUCAGGAAGAAAAGCAAAGACUACAACUAAAGAAAUUCCUUCUUCAUAGGAUGUUCCUAGUGGCCAGGAUAACAGCAAACAUAGAAAAAAAAGAUAUUGCUGACUACUACGAACAAUUGUUUCAGUCAAUUUUGAAAUAUCACCUAGGAGAAGCAGUGACAGGAUUAUUGCUCAUAUAUCCUACAUCCAUUCUGCAUAUCCUGGAGUCCUCCAGUGGUACUUUAUACCAAAUUCUUUUAGAUUACCUGAGCCAUAAAAAGGAUGAAAUGGAAUUUUUUAUCCAAGGAAUGAAGAUUAUAGUCAUGUCCCACAAUAUCCCAACAAGGCUGUUUAUGCAGUGGCAUGUUUCAGUAGUAAAAGCGCCGGUCAUGUAUCUAGAUGAUGUGACACAGACACAGUCCCUAGAAGAGGUCAUGACAGAAUUUCUCAUCCAAACACACAAACUAGCACUUCACCUUUUUAAGACUGUGAAAUUGAGCCCUAAAGGACCAGGCGACAGUUUGCACCAAGCUGCACCUGAAUUACUCCUCCCAGAACAAAUAAUAAAGUACUUGUGCAACUCUGCAGAAUUAAUGGACCCAGAAGGUUUUAUAAACAUGUACAAUAAGCCCAUACAUGUCACAUUGGAUUCCGAGGUGGUAUGGCCCGCUCCUUCGCGUUUCUAGGAUGAAGAGAGAUGGUGUGGUCAAUGUGGUCAAAUCUCUUAAGGAAUGUAUGCUGCUUAAAUAAAAGGAAAAUAUGCCUAAAGUUCUCUCCUUAAAAAAGAAACAACAUGGAUAUCUACACAAAGAUGCAGUCAUGUGUUAGGAGCCAUGUAAGCCACAAACAUAAAAGAUUGAUGAGUUUCAAAGGGGGGACUGAAGCCAAGCAGAACCCUGAGAGACAGUCCCAAGGGAAAAUUGAAGGAUCACGAGACCAAACUAGGAACAAGUAGGAUAACCACCAUCACUGGGGGCAAAGGAAGCCACGAAGUGGUGCCAGAAAUCCUGCAGCAUCUUAUCUGAACUCAAGAUUAUAGAGAACCUCUCCUCCCCAUUUGCCUUUAAUAAUCUUACACCCUAAUCAGUCAGCAAGAUGGAUCUGAGAUCAAUCUGGGUCUCCCACCUUCUAGGCUGGUGCCUCUGUGAUUAAUAAACCUUUUUCUGCUCGAAACUUU